GGCGAAACCACCGCACACACAGACGGCCGUCCUCCCCCGACGCAGACACAACACCGACAUCCCGAGCAGGAAAGGGCUGAUACCAGGCUGAUCCAAUGGGACGCCAACUGUGGAGGAAAUAGAGGAGCACAUUUGUAUUUGAACCUCAACUCUCCUCGGUCACAUGCCCAGAUCUUCCCCACAUCCUCAUCCAAGAAUCCUCCUUACAAAACACCUCUCCACACAAUACCUUAGAGCUACAACCUAACAGACACACACCUAUCACCAGCAAUCCUACUCCCAGUUUCCUGUUUCUCUUUUGUUUCCCUCACCCGAUCGUCUCAAAUCUGUAAAGUUUGGCUUUGGAACCCCGACCCCUGACACAACUCUUCCUCACCACACCUUCCCUCUCCUGCUCUCCCUGCAAUGUCCAAUAACAGCAGUUUCCUCGGUGGCUGGGAAGCCGCUGAUUGGGCAGAGGGUACUCAGUGCCCACCAUCUGUGGGCGGGGCCACGUUUUUGAUAGUGGCAUACAGCACUGUUAUAGCCAUUGGGUUGCUAGGUAAUGCAGGCCUGGUGUUCAUCAUCGCCCGGCAACAGGAGCUGCACAAUGUCACCAACAUCCUGAUUGCCAACCUCUCAUGCUCUGACAUCCUUAUGUGUGUGGUGUGUCUGCCUGUCACUGUUAUCUACACGCUGAUGGACCACUGGGUGCUGGGAGAAGCUCUGUGCAAGGUGACUCCAUUUGUGCAGUGCAUGUCAGUGACUGUAUCUAUCUUCUCCUUGGUGCUGAUUGCUCUGGAGCGCCACCAGUUGAUCCUCCAUCCCACCGGCUGGUCCCCUGCUGCUGGCCACUCCUACCUGGCCGUAGGCUUGACUUGGCUUGUUGCCUGCUUCAUCUCCCUGCCCUUUCUCUCCUUCAACAUCCUUACUAAUGUCCCUUUCCAGAACAUCAGCCUUCCUACCAAUCCCUUCAGGGACCAUUUGAUCUGCAUGGAGCUGUGGCCCUCCGAGAGGCAUCGUCUAGCCUAUACAACCUCUCUGCUACUCUUCCAGUACUGCCUGCCGCUGCUGCUGGUGCUUCUCUGCUACCUCAGGAUCUUCCUACGCCUGAGACGACGCAGGGACAUGUUGGAGCGCAGCAGGAUGACUCGGGGAGCCCAGAGGAUCAACGCCAUGCUGGCAGCUAUAGUGGCAGCUUUCGCUCUCUGCUGGCUGCCGCUCACGGUCUUCAACACACUGUUUGACUGGCACCACCAGGCCCUACCUGCCUGCCAACAUGAUGCUGUCUUCUCCGCCUGCCACCUUACAGCAAUGGCUUCCACCUGCAUCAACCCUGUGGUAUAUGGCUUCCUGAACAGUAACUUCCAAAGGGAGCUAAAAUCAACGCUGCAGCGCUGCCAGUGUGGCAACGGACCUCCGGAAAGCUACGAGAGCUUCCCUCUUUCCACCGUGGGCAGCGAGGCCAUGACUAAAGCCACCUCCCUCAACAGGAUGGGAUCUGUGUACAUUCCCUCACCCAGACCUGAGACCGGCACAGCAGUACGUAGCUAAAAGAGACUGAGAGAGCACCAAAUACUGCUGACAAGUGGCUGAGAGGUGAUUUGCU